GUGAACCGUCGCGUCGGCCUCGCACAAACGAACAUGGAAUCCAAGGACAUCUUUGCGCGGCUCGCGGCAGACGCGAAGGCGUCCAACAAUGAAGGAGAUGGCAGCAGCGCCGCGGACGACUCGUACCUGGUUGUCAUUGGGCCCAAGAACAGCGGAAAGUCAUCCCUUAUCUUGUAUUUCCUCAAUCCGAACAAGGCUGAUGAGCCAAAGCCCACGGCAGCGCUCGACUACGUAUACGCUCGGCGAGCCGUGGCUGGCAGCAACAAGAAGGCCGUCGCUCACAUUUGGGAGCUGGCCACAACCAAGAAGGUGCUCGAGCUACUUAAAGUGCCUCUAUCGCCCGACAGGUUGCCCAGGUCGACACUCAUGCUCGUCCUCGACUUGUCCGUCCCGGGCGACGUCCUCCCCUCGCUCGUGUACUGGGUCACCCUCGUUCGUAAGCUCCUCACCGACUCGAACGCUGCCCCCCCAUCCGAAGCGUUUAUUCAAGCCAAGUACGGCGAGAAGCACCCCGACCGACGCGACGUGUCUCCGAUAUCGAUCCCGCUCUUGAUCGUCGGCGCCAAGUACGAGACUUUCCGCGACGAAGACAGCGUCAAGCGCAAGGGACUGAUCCAGGCCGUGCGCUACAUUGCACACGCGAUCGGCGCCACGCUGCUCUUCACAACAGUCAAGGACAAGGCCCUCGCCACGCAGUUUCGGUCGGCAUUGAACGCUGCCUUGUACAAAUCCGAAGGCGGCGGCAAAUCCACCAAAGAAGUCGACAAAGGGCUCUUCGUACCGCCAGGAAGCGAUACGUUCGAAGAGAUCGGUUUGCCGAAAGGCGCGCGCGUGGCCGACUUUGAAGAGUCCAACUUGGACAAGCGCAUGAAGUUGUGGGCGAAGGCGAUCGCGGAGCUGUACCCACCAGUGACCCCUCCCGAAGCGGCGGGGAAAGACGCCGUCGACGAUGACAAAGACGACGUCGACGACAAGUACCCCGAGCCAUCCAUCGAUGCCUUGCGCAAACAAAAGCGGGAGGAGCUUCGACGGUAUAAGGACAAGAAGACCGAGAAAAAGCCGUCGGCCAAAAAGGAAGCCAAGGAGUGAGGACGAGGCGUUGCUGCCUGUGUCAUGAACGACGCGCAUUAACAUGUUUUCCUGUGCACUGGAGAGGUGCUGCGUGAUGCUGGCCUCGCUUGGUCGUGCUGUAGUCGUUCGUGCGCUGCAUCAACUGGAGCAGUUUCCCCUUCCGUGGGAGGUUGCCGCCGUUGGGUAAAUGUUCCAUGCCCAUGAAGUACCCGCACGAAAGGAUCGAAAACGGCGGCACCGGCCGUCCCAUGGAUGGACAGCGGCAUUCAUAUACUGCACCUGGCA